GGCUUUGUUGCGGGGGCUCUGGCCACCGGUGUGUCACACUCCCCUCACUAUAUUGUCUGCGCUCUCCUGAGUUUCGAGAAGGAAAGAAACCAUGCUGUUUUGGCACACUCAGCCGGAGCACUACAACCAGCACAACUCCGGCAGCUACCUGCGUGAUGUCCUUGCACUGCCAAUCUUUAAGCAGGAGGAACCUCAGCUGUCCCCUGAGAAUGAAGCCAAACUGCCCCCAUUUCAGUAUGUGCUUUGUGCAGCCACAUCACCAGCUGUGAAACUUCAUGAAGAAACUCUGACCUACCUCAACCAAGGUCAGUCUUAUGAAAUCCGACUUCUGGAGAAUCGGAAGCUGGGAGAUUUUCAGGAUCUCAACACAAAAUAUGUGAAGAGUAUCAUCCGUGUGGUUUUCCAUGACCGGCGGCUCCAGUAUACAGAGCAUCAGCAGCUGGAGGGCUGGCGAUGGAGCCGACCUGGGGAUCGAAUCCUGGAUAUUGAUAUCCCUCUCUCUGUUGGCAUCUUGGACCCCAGGGCCAGCCCCACACAAUUAAAUGCAGUUGAAUUUCUGUGGGAUCCCUCAAAAAGAGCUUCAGCCUUCAUUCAGGUCCAUUGCAUCAGCACAGAAUUCACACCCAGGAAGCAUGGGGGAGAAAAAGGAGUUCCUUUUCGAGUGCAAAUCGAUACCUUUAAACAGAAUGCGAAUGGGGAGUACACAGAACACCUGCAUUCAGCUAGUUGCCAGAUCAAAGUGUUUAAGCCAAAGGGAGCAGAUCGGAAACAGAAGACAGAUAGGGAGAAAAUGGAGAAGAGAACUGCACAGGAGAAGGAGAAGUACCAGCCAUCUUAUGAAACUACAAUCCUCACAGAGUGUUCUCCGUGGCCAGAUAUUCCUUACCAAGUAAACAAUGUCCCAUCACCGAGUUACAACAGCUCUCCAAACAGCUUCAGCCUGGGAGAUGGCAACAGUUCUCCAACUCACCAAGUGGAGCCUCUGCCUAUCAGCAAUGAUCACCUCCUUCCUUCCGCUUCUAUUCAAGAUGCCCAGCAGUGGCUUUACCGCAAUAGGUUUUCUCCAUUCUGUAGACUCUUCUCAAGUUUCUCUGGUGCUGACUUACUAAAAAUGUCCAAAGAAGAUUUUGUUCAAAUCUGUGGCCCUGCUGAUGGGAUCCGGCUCUUCAAUGCCAUCAAAGGCAGAAAUGUAAGGCCAAAGAUGACCAUCUAUGUGUGCCAGGAUUUGGAGCAGAACAGGUCUCAUCUUCAGCAGAAGAGAGAAGGUGGAGACAGCAAUUUGUGUGUGUACCAUGCCAUCUUUUUGGAAGAGCUGACCACUUUGGAGCUAAUUGAGAAGAUUGCAAAUCUCUACAGCAUUUCCCCUCAGCAUAUUAACAGAGUCUACAGGCAGGGACCAACGGGGAUCCAUGUGGUGGUGAGCAAUGAGAUGGUACAGAAUUUCCAAGAUGAAUCUUGUUUUGUUAUCAGCACGUUAAAAGCUGAAAGCAAUGAUGGCUACCACAUCAUCUUGAAAUGCGGACUCUGAAUGCCAGACCACAUCAGACUCCAAGGCACCCCUUUCUUUCUCCCUUCUCCCUUCCACGUAGACAUCACCCCAGCUGCAAAAUACAGAGACUUGUUUGGAAAAAAAAAAAGCGAAAGCUCAAAGGGGACCACCACAAUUACAGGAAACAGCGAUGACAAUGACAACUUGGCAGAGAUGGAAGAAAAGACAUUGUCCAGAAAAUGUGCUCCCAUCCCCUCCCUCACUUCUUUGUCCUCAGGCCUUCUUAAGCUCUCCAAUUUUCUCAUCCUUGUUCACUAGCCAUGUCAUUCUAGAAGGAAAAAACAACAGCACUCAUUUUUUUUCCCUCUGAAGCUCACUCCUGGGGAGGAGCCUGGGUUUGAAUUUUUUACCCUUUGAAUUCCUUGGCUUCCCUGUCUCCCAGUCCUCUUGUUUCACAUCAGCGCCUUCUCAUUGACUAAAUGGAUCUGUGGGUAAAACUGCUGGAUGCUAGUAACCUGCUCUGCCAAGUCGUCAAGGCUCCUAGAAGUACUUCCCCUUUUCAUUUCUUUUGGGGAAUGCCUCCCCUUUUCUUUUCCUCUUGAGGUUUAAUGAUGUAACAGAUGUGGGUUCAUUUUGUGUUGUUAUCCUAUCUCUGUUGCUCGCCCUCCUUCCUUCCCUAUCCGUGUUUCAGAAUAAUUUUGUACAUUUUUAAAGUAUGGAACAACCUCUCCCAGGGCAUGCUUUGUUGCAGUCGUAUCUUCACUCAGAUGUUUGUGAAUGCCCCACUUUGUUUGUAUUACCCACUGUAUUGAUAAAUGUUCCUUGGGAAGACUUCUGGGGCCCUCGAGGUAAGAUUGGAGCAUUUUCUAAGGAUUCCACAGCUAAAGAAAGUGGAUAUUGACUUUCACAAAGGAUAAUUGAAAUGGGGCUUAAAGUAUAGGCCACAGCCUAUCCUGUGGUUUGGUGUGCUUUUAAUUUUAUCUUUUCUUUUAAACAUUUGUUAGAUUGGUAAUGGCUGGGAAAGGAAAAAGCCCCUGAAUUUCUAGUUAACCCUGAAAUGGUUUUGACAAUUAUGGUACCAGAGUUCUCGGGUUUAUAUACAAAAUUUAACUGGGGAAUGACCUUUGUGAAUAUUAUUGACUCCACUAGGUUUGGUAAGAUAACUUUUUUUUCUACGUGCUACCUGUCAUAGUUCUGGCCUGUCUCAUCUGUAGGGGAAAGUUUAAAGCAAUCUUGAUUGAAGAUGUGGAAGGGACUAGAUGAUAUUUUAAGGUCCCUUCUAGUCCUUAGGACAUCGGUGAAAUAUGCAUGGGGCCUAAGUGUGCCUCAUGAAAAUUCUGGCUCUUAGAUCUGCAGUUGUUGGCGAUUUGCAUUUGAGUUUGGCAGAGUGGAAUUGGAUUAGACUAUUGUUUAUUAAUGGUUUCUAGAACCCAGUGAACCAGAUUGUCUCAGGGCCUUAACUAUCUGUGGUUGUAAAGGGCAUAAAUACCCUUGCGAUGCUGUAUGUGAAACCACAGUAUAUGUUGUGCUGGUGACCUAAGAGGUUUCUUGUUUUCUGUUCAUUUUGAAUUUGUUCUGUUUUCUUUCAUUCAGAUUACUUUUGGUUAAGUGGUACCUAUUAAUUGUGCCCCAUGUAGUCCCCAGUACCAUUUCUCCUUCCUUAGCCAAUCUGAGUAGCAUAUAUUGCCUUGAGGUGCUUUUAAAAUGUUUUGGGGGGGGGGAUUUUCACAUUGUUAGUUCAUUUGAUCAUCACAAAGAUGAAGUAGACUGGGGACAUCUAUUAUUGUUCCCAUUUGACAGCUAGGAAAACUGAGACCCAGAUGACUUGUCUAAGGUCAUGCACUUACUGGCAGAACUGGGAUUAGAACCCUAGUCUUCUGACUCCUGGCCCUGUGCUCUUUUUUAGUGGACUAUCAAUCGAUCAGCAUUUAUUAACUACAUAUUAUGCCAGGGACUUUGCUAGGCACUAGGGAUGCAAAUACAAAGAAUGAAGCCAUUUCCACUCUUAAGGGGCUUAACAAGACACUUUACUUGGGGAGAAAUAAAGGGUUGUAGUCCAUGUGGAAGGGCUUUGCCCAAGCUGAGUGUCUACCCACACCUACAGGUGGGUAGAGCUAUAAUGAUAAAAUUUAAUUAUAAAAGAGGGUUUCAUCUAAUUCUGUUAACUUACUUAAAUUUAAAGCAUUUCUAGAGCUCAUCUUCCUCUGUACUGAAGCUGGCCAGUAGGCAGAAAAAUAUAGGAAACUUAAAAUGGGAGCGCAGGCCACUUCCCUUCUAGAGGCAUCCUAUCUCAGUCACUCAUGCAUGAUGCUUUGCAUUUAAAAGAGCUCGUGGGUCUUUGUAAAUGAAGAAAAUAUUCUGAAGUGGAAAAGUAAUAACAAGUAAGACUACAUCCAGCUGCCUCUCCUCAUGGAGCUUUCUGUUGCUGUUCGGUCAUUUUCAGUCAUGUCCGACUCUUUGUGCUCAAAUGAGUAGUUUUGACUCUUAAUCACUGUGAUCUUUAUGAACUGGGCACAUAUGUACCUGCUUGUGAGAUCUGGAUCAAUUUUAUCCUAUCUUCCCCUUCAGAGUUUGUUUUUUUUUCCCCUUCAGAGCUCACACCUUGAAUGGCAAAGCAACGAGGCUCCUUGAGUAAAUGUAGCUGCAACUUCAGUGAGUUCAGGAGUUAAGUGGGUUGGCUGGAACAGGAACCCCCACCCUCACCCUCACCACCUCCAAGAGCUUGUUUCCUUUGGUGACCCCUUCCCUAUUCUGCCUCUGGGGUGCUGGUGAAGAGCUAUUAACCUGCUGUGAGCUCUCACCCAUACUGCUCACAAAUCUCCUAAGUCAAGGGUUGCUUCAGGGGAGGGCCUGAAUAACUAAAUGUCAGAAAAUCAUUAACAGGUUAGAGUUGGCAAAAAAGUUUUUAAAAAAAGAUUUUUUUCCUUCUAUUGACGUAGUCAGUGGUGCAGAGGGAAAUAGCCCCCAGGUUAUAGAAAAGGAAGAAAAACAUACAGGGAGUAGAAAGUAAGAGACUGGCUACACAGAUGUCCCAGCAGUAACAAGGUAACAUCAUGUCUCUUCUUUCCCUGGUUAAAUAUAUAAUGUGUCUAUAGAUACAUACAUCUAUAUACAUUUUCAGACUGAAGCCCAUUGUUCAGCUAAUCUUGACUUUAGCCAUUAAGACUUGGCUAAUAUGAAAGUUUUGGAAAACUAACCCACUUUUACUGCCUGGUUAUCACUAAAUUAAUGUGGAUCAGCCUCAAAAUAAAUUUUAAAAGCCAAACUGAAACACCUCAUGGUAUAAAAAAAUUAGCAAGCCCCCUGUUUUCCUUUCACAAACCUUGACAUUAUUUAGGCAUUAGAUGGGGUUUGGACUUUAGUAGCCAUUAGAUGUUAUUGUGUUAAUAUAUAUGUGUACCUAGUGGAGAGUGUUUAAACACUUCAGGCUUUAUUUUUCCAAGAAGCCUGGCCUCUGGGUUACUGUUAACUAGGUCAGCUAGUCCUUUAUAUCCCCAAAUACUAUUAUCAUAGGGCAAGCCUUCAAAGGUAGUACAAAUAAUAGAGUUGGAUUUAUGGGAAUUUCUUUUUGAGAUUGCUCCAUUCAAUAACACUUUUAGUGUGUAUGUAUUUGAUAUAUACAUUACUAAAAUAGAUUGAUUAUGUGAAAAAUUCUUACCAGUCUGCUCUCUCUUUCCUCCCUCAAAGAGGUAUGGAGAUGGUUAGCAUUCUGAAUCACUGUUCUGGGUUUAACUUCUUACUCAGCGUCAUUGUACUUGCUUACUUACAGGGAUCACUUA